AUGGUGAAGGUACACUGGAAAUUUCACAGGCACCAUGGACUUGAUGACAAGUUCAGCACUGUCCAAGUCAUCCUCCCUUCCCAUUUCUCAGGCAGGAUGCUCUAUCUCUCUCACUCCGGCCAAACAAAGAUCAUCAACUUUGCCCUCAAUAGCUCAUCUUCCGCAGCUGUUGUUGGCUAUUACACCGGUAUCAAACACAAAAUGGAGCCUGUCGAGUCCAGCUACUGCUUCUCUCUAUACUACGACCUUCUGCCGCCCGCAAAUAAUUCCCAUGUUCCGCGUGUCCCAGAGGUGCUUGGUGUCCGCAAUCAACUGUGUCAUGCCUUGGCCUCUUUCAAGGAGCAACCUCAGCAGCGCGGAGAACCCAAGGUUAUCCUGCUUGUUCUGCAGAACAAAUACACUGAUGCUGUUGACUUCAGUGUCGACUCCCUGAAAGGUGCAGACGCGCUGUUGUUCUUACACAUUCGUCCUCUAUCAAAGGAGCCCCGUCUAUGUAUGUGCCUUGCUCAUAUCACAAUCACGGUGCACGGAGAGGCCACGCUGCCAACCGCCAUGUGCCGUUGGGGCUACGGAUACGUUCCAUAUUCUUUCGAGUCGGACAGAGACAUCAUAGAGGUUCCAGCAGAGGAGCUUGAACUUGAUGUCGAGAGGCUGGAGGAGUGGGACAUGGACAGGGUUGUGAGGCUGGACGGGAUGCCGUUCGAGGUUUCUGGAUUGCAGGGGAUUGACAUUGAGUGUUUCAGGGGGGGGAGGGGGACGUGGAGAAAGCUGGACAAGAAGCGCUUUGAUAGGCUCGAAAAAACCAGGGUUGGUGCCUUUCCUCUAUCUUCUUCCUACAAACGUGCUGCACUGUUCAUCUGGCCCAAGAACUGCAAGCUAGAUGUCCACAUUGGCAACGUCCAUGCAUAUGCAUCUCAUUUGCUGCAGACCUCUAUCUCACCUGCUCUGACAGAACACAAGGGCAGGAUGGUCAAGUGUCUCAUUGGAUGGUGUGCGAAAUGCUCUGGCGUGGCAAGCAAAGAUGCCAUCCGUGCGCUCCUUGAAGCUGCUCUGCGAUGGAAUGACAUUCAGCUUCUGUCAAGGAUAUCUAAGAAGUGCUGCACUAGCUAG